AUGGCUCUGAGCAGAGAGGUGUUCUAUUUUGGUUUUGCUUUGUUCUUUGUUGUAGCUGAACUGCCGUCAGGGUCCUGGGCAGGACUUGAGUAUUCCCAGUCAUUUCCAGGAGGGGAGUUUGCUGUGUGUGAGACAUGCAGGCUCGGCAGGGGGAAAUGCAGGAGGAUAUGCAUGGAUAGUGAGAAGAUUGCAGGCAAGUGCAAGCCGAACUUCUUCUGCUGUCGGGAGAGGAUCUGA